CCGACAACAUUUCGGUUGGUGCUCAGAAGGGCGGAAUGUCUGCUUUCUUCUCAUGACCGAGCUUUUACUUUUGGACUCGUAAGACAGCGUCGUUUGGACAGAUUUUCGAAACUCCGUUCUCGCCGUGGAUUUUCGAUAAAUAUUCGUCAACUUUCACCCAGAAACUAGCGAGAAAAGACGAGAAACGCCAAGUUCGGGGGUCAUGUGAUUUGAACUGACCAAUAGGAUGUUCGCAUUUGAACGUCCUCAUAUAAAAGCCGACCUUGUGCUGCGUAGCCAUUGCUGUUGGCAGGUUCUGUUAUUCGGGAGAGUAAUCCGGGUGGAUAAUGGAUUUUGAGAGCCAUCCGACAGCGCAAAGCUACCGGCAGUCUGCGCACAGCGUCAGCAAAGGCGUAUGAUCGGCAGCUGCGGCCCUGGGAAGUCGUGCCGGCCGUGCGUCGCCUUCCCACACCGCCUGCUUGAAGGUCCUGGCCCCUUCCUGUGCCCCUUGUCUGCACAGCACCACAGGAGGCAUGCAUGGACAUGGGAGGCACCCAGGACGAUAGUAGCCAUAACGAAAUGAGCGCCAACGACACGACGUCGAUCCGGGAGGAGGAGCCGACGCUGGAGCCGGUGAACGGCAUCGUGCAGCCCCCCUUCGUGCCCCCGGCGAGCAAGAAGCACCGCAACACAAACCAGCUGCAGUACCUGCUGCGGGUGGUGAUGAAGGCCAUCUGGAAGCACCAGUUUGCCUGGCCCUUCCAGCAGCCCGUGGACACGGUGCGGCUCAACCUGCCGGACUACCACCGCAUCAUCGACCACCCAAUGGACCUGGGCACCAUCAAGAAGCGGCUGGAGAACUACUACUAUGCCUCGGCGAGCGAGUGCAUCCAGGACUUCAACACCAUGUUCACCAACUGCUACGUGUACAACAAGCCCGGGGAGGACGUGGUGCUCAUGGCGCAGGCCCUCGAGAAGCUCUUUCUCACCAAGAUCAACGAGAUGCCCAAGGAGGAGGUGGACCUUCCGCUGCCUCCCCCGAAAGCCGGAGGGGCCAAGGGCAAGAAGGGCAAGGGCAAGACCAUUGGAGGCGUGGCUGCCACCACUGGGGUGGCAACCGGCCCUGGCUCCGCCGUGGGUGCCAGGGGCAAGGGCCCGAGCCCCGCCCGCAAUGCGGUGAGCCCCGCGCCCCUGGUGCCGGUGCCGACGACCAACUCGCACUCGCCGGGGGAGGCGCCCUCCCUGGCCGCCGCCGCUGCGGCCAUGCCGCCCCCGGUGCCUGGGAGCACCAACACCACCACUGCGCUGAGCGCCACCUCUCCCACCCUUCGGUCGGCCACCUACGCUCAGCAGAUGGCCCCCGCCCCCGCCUCCAAGGUGAGCUUCCACCCCCGGGGAGCGAGGCGCUGGCCCGAGAGGCGAGAGGUAAAGAAGGGGGUGAAGAGAAAAGCGGACACAACAACGCCCCUGGGUAACGCGCCUCUGGAGGCCGGCAGCGGCUACCCUCCCCUGUGCAACCUGCCCGAGGCCAAGAGCUCUAAGAUCUCGACGCGGCGGGAGAGCGGUCGCCCCAUCAAGAAGCCCUCCAAGGACCUGCCCGACACCCAGCAGCACAGCUCCAAGCCAAAGAAGGGCAAGCUGACCGAGCAGAUGAAGUACUGCAACUCUAUCCUCAAGGAGCUCUUUGCCAAGAAGCAUGCCGCCCCGCCCGGGCCCAGCUCCAAUGCCAGACGUCUCAGCCCCCGGCGGGCACGGCCCAGGCUUGGUUACGCGUGGCCAUUCUACAAACCUGUAGACGCAGAUCUGCUGGGGCUGCACGACUAUCACGAGAUCAUUAAACAUCCCAUGGACCUGGGCACAGUCAAGCAAAAGAUGGACAAUCGGGAAUACAAGAGUCCGGAGGAGUUUGCCGGGGACGUACGGUUAAUAUUCACCAACUGCUACAAGUACAACCCUCCCGACCACGAAGUGGUUGCCAUGGCCCGCAAACUACAGGAUGUGUUUGAGAUGCGGUAUGCGAAGAUGCCCGACGAGCCUCCCCAGAGUGACCCGGCGCCGGUCUCUCAGACCGACAAGACGGAAGACUCCGACUCCAGUUCAAGCUCCAACUCUUCGACGAGCGGUAGCUCCUCUUCCAGCGACACCGAGGACAGCGACGAGGAACGGGAACGGAAGCUCCAGCAACUGCAGGAGCAGCUGCGCAAGGUGACGGAGCAGAUCAGCCUGCUGGCGGCCAAGAGCCGCAAGAAGGACAAGAAGAAGAAGCACAAGAAGGCCAAGCGGGGCGACAAGGAAGAAGGGGCCAAAGAGGUGAAGCUGGAAGUGGAGCCAUCGGGCUCGGCGGGGGGCGCCUCCAACCCCCCGGACCUGGCCGGGCUGGCGGGGGCCGUGCCCGCCGCAUUUGCCUCGGCACCCGCGGUGCCCGCGGCGUCGGCACCCGCCACCGCCACCCCGAAGGCACCCAAGUCGUCUUCCAAGGGUGCCAAGGGCGCCGCAUCCGGGGGUGCCAAGGGGGCCUCGGGAGCCGGGGGCGGCGCGGCGGCCGCGCCCGGCGGAGCGGCUGGGGCGGGCACGGGUGGCGGCAAGUCCGGGCAGCAGAAGCGGCAGCGCUCCAACAGCAAGUCGUCCAAGAAGAGCAAGAGCCUGCCGGCGUUUGACAGCGAGGAUGAGGACAACGCCAAGCCCAUGUCGUACGACGAGAAGCGCCAGCUCAGCCUCGACAUCAACAAGCUGCCCGGCGACAAGCUCGGCCGGGUGGUGCACAUCAUCCAGUCCAGGGAACCCUCUCUGCGGGACUCGAACCCGGAUGAGAUUGAGAUAGACUUUGAGACCCUGAAGCCGUCGACUCUGCGGGAGCUCGAGUCGUACGUGGCCUCGUGUCUGCGCAAGAAGCCCCGCAAGCCUUACUCCUCCAAAAACAAGCUUGCGGGCAAGUCCAAGGAGGAGCAGGUACGCGAGAAGAAGCAGGAGCUUGAGAAGAGGCUCCAGGACGUCAGUGGCCAACUGGGCACUGCGCCCAAGAAGCCCCUCAAGAAAGACGCGGAGAACUCUCACGUGGACGUGGUGGGAGGUCCCAGCCGGCUGAGCGCCAGCAGCUCGAGCUCCUCGGACAGCGACAGCUCGAGCUCCUCCUCGACGAGCAGCUCCUCGGACAGCUCAGACUCCGAGUCAGAGCCCCUUGUCAAGAAGGAAAAGCAGGAUCCUAACCAGGCCCCGACGCUGGAGCCGCAGAGCCUGCUGGGGCCCUCGCUGCCCAACGCGAUGCCGUCGCUGACCCCCGUAGCCCCGCGGGGGUCCCAGCCCCCGGCGGCACCUCCCCCCGUGGCCUCGGUGGCCCCCAUGCCCGCCCUGGCGAGCAACGGGGGCGCGGGCUACGCGGUGAACAGCAACCACGCCGGGGUGGCAGGCGGCCCCCACCACUUUGCGGGCAUGGUGCCCUUCCCGGGCCUGUCCCCCGGGCUGCCCCUCCUGCCCCAGGCCCCGCCGAUGCCGGACCCGGCACUCACGGCAGGUUUCCCAGGACUCUCGCACAACCCGCUCCAGGGGAUGGUGGGUCCCAACGGGAGUGGGACGUCGGGGAACGGGCGCGCCCCCGUGGUGGCAAGUCACAGUUUGCCCCAGCAGCCGUCGCGCCCCUCGGCCAUGGCAACGGCAGCCCCGGUCAAGAAGAGCGUGGCCCCCUCCCACCCCAGGUCGAGCUCCGGAGUGUCGGCCCCCUCGGGCUCUCCCACCCCGGUGCCCUCCCUGGCGUCCCCGCAGGCGGGGGGUCCGAGGCACCCACUGCCGCCCUCGCCCAUCCUGCAGCAGGACCCCACGUCCCCCGUGGGGGGGCCUCCUCCUCCGCUGCUGGGGGGUGCGAUGGCCCCCCUGGACUCAAAGCCCCCCCGGGGCCCCACAGGGGCCUGCCACCAGCCCCAGGGGUCUCCCCCUAGGAUCAAGAUGGAGCCGGGCCUCAAGCUCGACGACCUCUUCUCUACGGGGGGCCUGAACAGCGCACCCCUGCCCCAGGCGCCGGGAGGGACCCACCCCGGUUCUGGACUGCCAGUGUCGGGGUCGACAAUGCCCGGGGACUUUGUGGAUCGCAAGCCAGCGGCGAAAGCGGGCCCGCCACAUUCCACCCCAGCCACCGCCGGCACCCCUACUCCAGCCACCACAGCCGCUUCUAGGAAGCAGCCGUCGCUGUCCACCCCUGUGAGCGAGUCCAAGCUGAAGAACUAUGGGUCGUGGUCGAGCCUGGCCCAGUCGACAGCCAGCAGCCCUGGCCAGGCCCUCAAGACCUCCCACGUCAAGGACAGCUUCCAGCAGUUCAAGAAGCAGGCUAAGGAGAAGAUGGACAAGCAGCGGCAGCUGCUCGAGGCCCAAGAGCAGCGGAGGCACCAGCGGGAGAUGCAGGAGAAGGAGCGGCUGCGCCACGAGCACGACAAGCACCGAGACGAGGACGACCUGCCGUUGGUGGCGCCUUCCUCGCACCGCAAGUCCUCGCACCAGCAGGCACCCCCGGGGGCCCAGGCGGCGGUGGCGGCCCCCGUGGAAGCCGCCGUCGCCCAGGAGCACGCCGGCAGCAACGCCACGGCAGGCAGCGGUGCCGGAGCUUCGCCGGCCGUGAGCGAGCGGGAGCGCCAGAGGCUCAGGGAACAGGAGCGCCGGCGCAGGGAGGCGAUGGCGGUACAGAUAGACAUGAACCGGCAAAGUGACAUUAUGGCAACUUUCGAAGAAAUGCUGUGAUUUUCCGUUUGUUUUUCUACAAGUGCUCUCACACACAUGCAACUCUUCCCAUCUGGGCUGCUCGGGGCUGCUCCUCUCGGCGCCACAUGGCGAGCGGCGGUUUGCGGAACAGACGCAAAAGGACGACACUCUGCGGUGGUUUGCGUCGCCGUCACGUGUCUCCCGCUCUUUGUGCGAGUGCGCGUCGGUGGGUGACCAUACUUUGUUUUUCCUGGGUCUUUGUUGUUUUUUGUUUUUUUCUUUUGUUGGCUGGUGAUUUGUGAUAUUGUGCUCUCGUAGGCACUCCCAUUCUCUCCCCUAGUUGCCGUCUUCGCAGUUUCCCCCGUCUUUUAACACCCCCUCGAGCCGCGCGGUCUUCCGUCUGCCUUUCCCGAACCUUGGACCCACCACUACUUGAGCUCAAUCCUUGGAGGCCAGGCGACAGGCGGGGGAGGGUAGACUCUUCGCCCCCGCUCAUCCUGGCGGGAACAUUUGUGAUGGACCCGAUCCGUUUCGUACCGAUGCCAUCCCCCCUUUUUUUUCCCCCUACUUCUUGUACAUAAGGUUACUCCAUUGUGUGUUUCUUUUUUUUUUUUUAGUACGUGUUUUUCUUGGCAGAUAAAAAGAGCCAAGCUCGUGGGCUCUCUUUUGUGCCCCUUGUACAUUUGGAUGGGAGGAACAGAGUAGAAUACUUGAGAAGAAGAAAAAGAGAAGAAAGGCCUUGUUCCUCAGCUUGGAGGUGCAGCAACAGAAAGGAAACUCAUGCUGUUUCUUGUUUAUGUGAUUUCCUGGAUCGGUGCAGAUUUCUGUUGAUUUGCAGCAAGCUUGCUUUAUGGCGUCUUCUUUCUUUUUUCUUUUUAUGCUUUGUUUUCCUUUUCUUUCGGAUGGGGAUGCCAGCGAUCUCGGGGGUUUCUUAGUUGUUUUUUUUCUUUUUCAAGCUGGAAACUCUCUUUCGUAGUGUAAGAUGCGGUGCAGUCAUAGAAAAAUGUGAGUUUUAAAAAGAAGCAGCUUCGUGAAGCACGCAGCUGCUGUCAAACACUUUUUCUUUUUUUCCUCCUCCGUGUUUCUAGGACAAGUCAAACACUGUAUCGGAGUGAUACUUCAAAGUUUCUGUGUAUGCAAGGUGUGUUGUGGAUAGUAGCCAUCAAAAAAGAGAAGGAAAAAAAAAAAAGAUAAGCGGACUGAUGUAGGAUUUUCUUCGAGGCAACAAGGUGUGCCACAUUGUUGGCCAACGUGGAUAGCCUUUUUCUGGAACUUAUACAUAGCGUCUCAUUUUCUUUUUGUUUGUGAGCCUGCACGUCUGAAGGAUGUUGGUAUGUGUGCAUGUUUCAUAUUGAGUAGGAACUUUCUCAGGCAGUAAAGAGAGUUGAUUUUUUUAACAGUUGUUACGGUAGAAUCAUCACUCAAUGACAACAACAGCAACAACGGUGGACAUCAUCAGCCAAGGAGGAUAUUUUUUCUUCCCGUUUUUUUUUCUCUCUUCCCUCAUGCUUUUUGUGCAGCAGGUUACGCAUUUUUAAACUUUGGCGGGGAUCUGCUGUCGGCGCAGUUUACUGCACUUGGAGCUGGUAUCCAGAGCAGCGUGUGUUUGUGUGGGUGCGUGGAUGUGUGUGCGUGUGUGUUAGCAAAAAUGUGGGAUCUCCACAACCCAGGCCUGGGUGUAUGUGUGAGUGUGUGUAUAUGUGUGUGUGUGUGUUUGGUGGGCUUGCUUCCUCCCUGAUCUUCACAUACACCUAGCUUCAGUGACAUGGGGCUUUAUACAUAGCUGCGUUUCCAAUACUACAUAAUAUUAUAAAUACACAAUGCAUAUACAUGUCCUACAGUAUGUAUAUAUUAAUGUGUGUGUGUAUUGUGUAUUUUUCUUUGCCCCUAUUUAUUUUGCCGUGGUUGUAACAACUUAGAUGAUAUAUGUUUGUACCUCUGCUUUUUUUUAUUCAUUGUAAAUAUAAGGAGACAGUACCGAAGGUGACUUGAAGCGGUCCAUUCAACAUUGUAAUCAAUGAUGAGGUGCAAAAUGUUGAGGUAAUUGUUUCCGGGACAUCCCCCAACUUUUUUUUUUUUCACCUUGAUGUAUCAUGCUGGCAGAUUGUGGAAAGUUUUUAAAAUACACAACAGCAACCUUG